AUGACAAGUAUCGACAAUGAGGUCAACCUUGCAUGGUUUGAUUCUUAUAUUUCCUAUACAAAACUUCAGAGUAUCACACCUGAUGAGAGGAUACUAGAGAAGAAGCAAAAGCAAGAAUCGACAACCAAUAAACGACAACUGUUGCAACAUAAUAAACCUACAACACCCAAUGACAGCAAUGAUAUAAGUAAGGACGCACCAAACAUAGUGCGACUAGUCGAAUCACAAGGAAAUAGUGAAGAGUUGACUCAAGAGUUGAAGAAUAUACUAAUCAAGUACUAUUGGGCAGGGUUUGAACUACAUAACAAGUUGGAGGAAGCAAAUACUACUGAGAUAGAUCGACAAGAUGAUGUCAAUGAAAAGAAUGACACAUAG